AAAAACGAGGCGCGCUGCCUUAACGUUUAUGCUUAAGUCGAUUUUUUUAUCCACCGGCUCAUUCGUUUACCUAACAGUUUAUUUAGAUAGGGCAUGAAUCCAGCCCGAACUGGACACCAAUCGAUCGCAAGACCCUUUCUCUUAAAAGGAUCAACAGCCUACCUAAACUGAACUGCGAGUGUUUAGAAAGUGGAAAGGAAACGGGAGUACCUAAAGGAAAAAUCAUCAAGGAAGAAAGGCUUUUCAUUAUGGCUGGACAAAAGAAAGAAAUUGUAUUUCAGGUUCCUCUUACAAAUCAAGAGCAAUGGGAUGAGAUGCUUGCUCGUAAAGGAGUAAAUGUCAUUGAUGUGUAUCAGCAAUGGUGUGGUCUUUGUAAAGCUGCUGUUGGCUUCUUCCGGAAAAUAAAAAAUGACCUGGGAGAUGAUCUUUUACAUUUUGCUACGGCUGACGCUAACAGUAUUCCAGCACUAGAGAGAUAUGUUGGGCCUUGCAUACCCACCUUUCUUUUUAUAGCUGGAGGAGAGCUGGUGGCUGUAGUGAGAGGAGUAAAUGCUCCUCUUCUUCGGAAGACAAUUAUCGAGCAGCUAGAAAUAGAGAAAAAAGUGUUGGACAAUAAGGCUGAGCGCAAAGUGAUUCAAGAUGAGUGGCUAAUAGAACAAGAAAAGGCAGCAGAGGAGAAGAAGAAGGAGGAAGAGAAGAAGAAGGAGGAAGAAAAGAAGAAGGAAGAGGAAGAGGAGAAGGAGAGAGAGAAUGUAGAGGAGGGAGCUGAAAAUGAGCCCACUGAUGAAGAUGCAAUAGUUCCGGCAGGUAAAUCAUUCACUUUGGCAAUAAUAAAACCAGAUGUUGUUGCACAUGGAAAAGUAAAUGAAAUAAUAAUGAAGAUCCAAGAAGCUGGAUUUGAGAUUCUUGCCCAUGAAGAAAGAACUCUUACUGAAGAUGAAGCUCGAGAUUUUUACCAGCACAAGUCAGCAGAGCCAUACUUUGAGGAGCUGGUGCAGUUCAUGUCAAGUGGGCCAUCGUACAUUUUGAUUAUCUCACAACCUGAGAGCUCUGAUGAUGUAAUACCAACAUGGCGUGAGUUCAUCGGUCCUAAAGACAUUGAUGUUGCUAAAAGAGAGAAACCUGACAGUCUUCGUGCUCAGUACGGAACAGAAACCCUUUUUAAUGCUGUGCAUGGCAGUGAUGAUGAGGAUCAAGCAAGCAGAGAGCUUGCUUUCUUCUUCCCCAACUUUAAAACGGCAAGGAAAAGCAAUGAAGAGGUUAUAGAUGUGCCAGUGGAAAGGACACUAGCUCUGAUCAGGCCUGAUAUUCUUAAGGAAAGAAAAGAGGAGAUUCUGGAGAAGAUUCAAGAGGAAGGAUUCAGCAUUGCCAUGCAGAAGCAGGUGAUGCUUACAGAACACCAGGUCCGUGAAUUUUACAGAGACCACGUUAAUGAAGACUACUUUCCUGCAUUGCUACAGAACAUGACGAGUGGCCCAGUUCUCGCCGUUGCUCUGGUUAAGAAGGGAGCAGUCGAUCACUGGAAAAGACUCCUGGGACCCAAAAGUAUUGAUCAGGCCAGGGAGGCAGCACCCGAAAGUUUGAGGGCACAGUUUGCAGUAGAUGGGACUCCAAUAAACCAGCUACAUGGGAGUGCAACCAGUGAAGAGGCUGCAAAAGAACUGAACUUCUUCUUUCCCCAAGAACAAACUCUGGCAGUGAUCAAGCCUGAUGCCAUGGAGAAACAUAAAGAUGACAUUAUUGAAAGUGUAAAGAACCAGGGAUUCUUAAUAACACAAAUGAAGGAGACAGUUCUCUCCAGAGAAAUGGCUGAAGAAUUCUACAAGGAACACAAAGGAAAACCUUUCUUCGAGCAGCUGGUUGAAUACAUGUGUCGUGGACCAUGCAUGAUGAUGAUUUUGAGUAAGGAGAAUGCUGUAGAGGAAUGGAGAAAUAUGAUGGGACCCACCAACCCAAAAGAAGCUCAGGAAUCAUCUCCUGGCUCACUGAGAGCACGUUUUGCCAAGGAUAUUCUGGAAAACUCUGUGCAUGGACCUUCUAAUCUUCAACAUGCUGUGGAAAAAAUAAAGUUUGCAUUUGGCGACAUUGGACUGGGGCCAAACGGGUCUCUUCAGGGUGUAGAGCCAGCGCUGGACAGAGCUGAUCACUUAGAUGCUCUUAUAAAUGGCCCAGAGAUGACAGAGGAGACAGCCAUUUCUAAUGACGAGCAAUCAGAAGCACCUCCUGACAGUACAAAUCAGGCUGAAGAAGAAGAAGAAUCUUGACUUGAAGCCCAGUGGAAAUUCAAAUUCAACCUGAAACUGGAAAGAAACCCUGAACUUUACCGUCUGAUUUUUUUUUUUUAACCUGAAGAUAUUUGAUGUUUUUUCUGGACCAGAGUUCAGCCUCCAUGUAUAUUUUAAUCAAGCAUGGCAAUGGCUGAAAGCCUAAAAACGGACCUGUGGGCUUCAGUCAUUAUGACCCUCCACACACAUUUAAAAUCAUGCCAUAGCAAACCAAGAAUUUAUAUUUCUGAGAUGCCGCACCGCUGAAGCAUAUUUGCAUGAUAAAUGGAAGCCAGCAACUUUAACAGACUGCAAGUGUCUCUCGGGGAAAACGUUUUAAAUGUGAAAACAAAUCACACUUUGGGCGCAAGAUGGAUAUGCAGGACUCUGUUGUCCACAUCAUGUUGAACUGACCAGCUGGUUUCUGUUUUUUUUAUUUGUUUGGUUUUUUAUAUCUUUCAAAUUUAAAUAUGUGAAAUGAUUUUUUUCUAUAUUUCAGUUGCCACUUUUUAGUUUAAUUGGGUGAAUAUAUUCAAGAUUAUAUUGUUUACGCCUUAUAUUUCUGUAUUAUACAUGAAUACAAUAAACAUACAAUUCCCUACAUGUGAUGUUUGAACCUUUCAACUUUAAAACAAUUUCAGUAGGACUCUCUUUGGAACAGGAAUUUAAACUGUAUUGCAUCUAAAGUAGAGUAUUUUGAUGGUGACUAAGAGUUUUUUUAUUUUUUUAAUAAUUCCAGGAUUUGUUGGGUCUCCCCCUUGUAUAUUCUAGCUGUGUUACCUGGCUUUGAUGGGCCUCGAUUGUAAUGGUGUUGGGUUAAAGGAGACGUUCAGUAUUUUUCAAGUGGAAUUUAUUUCUUUAAAAACAUUGUAUAUAAGCGUUUGCCACACAAAAUUGUGUCCUAAACUUAUGCGUCUUUUGUAAUUAAAAAAAAAAACAAAAAAAACCCAUCUUGCCCGAUGGGCGGGCGCUUUACUGCAAUGGAGGCCAUGGGGCACAGAGUAAUAAAGGAGUUCUAAACUGCAAACACACCAAUACAUGUGUCAAAGCUAUUUAAUUAAGUGGCACACAGCAAACCGAAUAUUUAUGGAGAUUUUACAAACCAGACAUGCAUGGGAGAUAAGUGACAAUAGGCAGAGGACAGGGUAUGGCUGAAAAAUUAGAAUUAGAAUUUAGAAAAAGAAGAAAAACAUCACUUUAAACUUGUUACUGUAGAUUCAAGUGAACAUUUUACUGGCGACAUGCUCUACUGUAUCUAUACUGCACUGAUUUACCAACUCGCCAGUUUCUUUUUAUUUU